GGAACACAUUUGACUUGUUGUUUUUAGAGACUUUUGUAGAAAUUUCGUUCUUGGCCAUUUUGCUGAGGCAGAACGUAACGUUGUGGAGAUCCAAAGGUCUUCUCCAGGGAUCAUCUCCUCAUCUCAGCCAUCAUGUCUGAAAAGCCAAGGGUGUACCAAGGCGUCCGGGUAAAGACCACGGUCAAAGAGCUGCUGCAGAGGCACAGAGCUCGGGAGGCCAGCAGUAAGAAACUCCAAACGGUUUACUUGGAGCAAAAGGAGCUUUGCGCGUCCAUCUCUUCAAGUCGUCACGAGGACCAUCCUCCUGCUGCCCCUCCAGUCGACAUGGGCUCGCGAGCCCCGCAGCUGCGCGCGACCUCCUUCCCUGUCCCUGACAGCGCGUGCAGCCAGCACGUGCAGGCGAGCGAGUUCAGCGACCCUCAGCAGCACCAGCAUCAGUUCGGGAAUGGGAUGUUACCCAGCAACGGCUACAGCUUCAGUCCCAGGCGAGCCGUGGACUACAACUCUCCCCUUCCCAAGUCCUCGCCGCUGCCCUGGAGCCACACAUUCUCCUCAGACGUGGACUUCUACGGCCAAGAAACGGCUGCCUACUCCUCAUUGGAGUCCCUGAUGCCCUGCAACCCCCUGGAUAACAACAGCUACUCCCCACAGGACUCCUUCUCCUCUUCCUCCUCGUCUUGCUACGACUCGCCCACCAGGAUGGAGUCCAGCUUGCAUAGCUUCCCCUCGGAAAACUACCCCUACCAGCACUGCAGCCCCCAUCAGGAUUGUGUACCCGGCUCCUUUCCGGCCCAACAGGAGGGCAUCUAUUUCCCUGAAUACAUGCCUUACUACAACCUUACAGACUAUCCCUAUGUCCAGCCUGUGGGGGAGAUCUGCUUUAGGAAGGAUUUUCCUCUGGACUCUGAAAUAUGUUACAAUGUUCUAUGAUAAGAGUUUCUGCAGUAUUACAUUGGAUCCUGACUGUAAAUAUGACUCUCCUUGUGUUCUUAGCAGGACUGUUUGUUUUCAUGGUCUGCUUUGCAUUUCAGUUUGGACUCUGGCUAGCCUUUGCAGCAGUGGAGUGACAGAUGAAUGUUCAAUGGAUGCACAGAUAUUUUUGUAUAAUUUUCUUUACAACCGUGAUUUAUUUUUAUACACAUAAUGCGCUGUUGUACAAAAUUAAAAAAAAGGUCAAAGUCA